CCCAUCCCCAGAGCUCAAGGUCCUGCCCGUGUGGGCUGGGUGGGGUUCUUGCGGAGCAAUGCCGAGGGGGCUUCUCAGGCUAGAUGGUCUGAGGCCCUUCCUGUGAUCUGAGACCUUAGGGCUGCGAAGGCGGCAACUGUGCAGAGAUCUGGGAGCAGCGCGUUCCCGCUGGUGCACUGGGCUGUGAAAGCUCGGGGUGGGGUGCCGCAAGGAGCCAAGCAAGCCUGGGGGUGGUUGACAGGGCCAAUGAGGAGGGCCGUGGGGUCCAUGGGCAGGAAUUGGGGAUUCAGUGGGAGACAGUGGGAGGCCCUUGGAGGGUAGGGGGAUGUGCAUGUGUGGGUGUGGCUGGCAGGGUUCGGGGAGCUGUGAGGUGGCUCAGAGGCGUAGUACAGGUGGAGUCACAUGGGGAGCACGGGAGAGAGUUGAUCAGAGAGUGAUGUCUGGUCUCGGCUUCCUCAGCUGGGUGCUUCUGUGCCAGCUCCCAACCCGACCCUGGCGCAUCGCGCCUCUCGUCGGACUGGUGGCAGCCGCCCGCAGCUGCUGUGCAUCCUUCUCCCUCAGCUCCCUCGCUGGUGGGUUCUUCUGCAUGCAUCUCAGCUCAGUUGCCUCCCUCGGCCCUUCCUCCCUCCUCUGUUCUCAGCACCAUGGCGGAACAGGAUGUGGAAAAUGAGCUGCUGGACUACGAGGAGGACGAAGAGCCACAGGCUCCCCCCGAGAGCACGCCAGCUCCCCCCAAGAAAGAUGUCAAGGGUUCCUACGUUUCCAUCCACAGCUCUGGCUUCCGGGACUUUCUGCUGAAGCCGGAGCUGCUGAGGGCCAUAGUGGACUGUGGCUUUGAGCAUCCGUCUGAGGUCCAGCACGAGUGUAUCCCCCAAGCCAUCCUGGGCAUGGACGUGCUGUGCCAGGCCAAGUCUGGGAUGGGCAAGACGGCCGUCUUCGUGCUGGCCACCCUGCAGCAGAUUGAGCCCGUCAACGGACAGGUGACGGUCCUGGUCAUGUGCCACACUCGGGAGCUGGCUUUCCAGAUCAGCAAGGAGUAUGAGCGCUUCUCCAAGUACAUGCCCAGCGUCAAGAAGGAUGAAGACGUGUUGAAGAAGAACUGCCCGCACGUCGUGGUGGGGACACCGGGCCGCAUCCUGGCGCUCGUGCGGAACCGGAGCCUCAGCCUGAAGCACGUGAAGCACUUCGUGCUGGACGAGUGCGACAAGAUGUUGGAGCAGCUGGACAUGCGGCGGGACGUGCAGGAGAUCUUCCGCCUGACGCCCCACGAGAAGCAGUGCAUGAUGUUCAGCGCCACCCUGAGUAAGGAGAUCCGGCCCGUCUGCAGGAAGUUCAUGCAGGACCCCAUGGAGGUGUUUGUGGACGACGAGACUAAACUCACGCUGCACGGCCUGCAGCAGUACUAUGUCAAGCUCAAGGACAGCGAGAAGAACCGCAAGCUCUUCGACCUCCUGGAUGUGCUGGAGUUCAACCAGGUGGUGAUCUUCGUGAAGUCAGUGCAGCGCUGCAUGGCCCUGGCCCAGCUCCUGGUGGAGCAGAACUUCCCGGCCAUCGCCAUCCACAGGGGCAUGGCCCAGGAGGAGCGCCUGUCGCGCUAUCAGCAGUUCAAGGACUUCCAGCGGCGGAUCCUGGUGGCCACCAAUCUGUUUGGCCGAGGGAUGGACAUUGAGCGAGUCAACAUCGUCUUCAACUACGACAUGCCAGAGGACUCGGACACCUACCUCCACCGGGUGGCCCGUGCGGGGCGCUUUGGCACCAAGGGCCUGGCCAUCACUUUUGUGUCUGACGAGAAUGAUGCCAAAAUCCUCAAUGACGUUCAGGACAGGUUUGAAGUGAAUGUCGCAGAGCUUCCGGAAGAGAUCGACAUCUCCACAUACAUUGAGCAGAGCCGGUAACCUCGCGCCUGUCGGACGGCCCAGGUCCCCCCUGCUCCCCCUCGUGCCACCAGUCCUCCUAGGCAACAGUGGCCUUUCUUUUACCGUUGAAAGCUGUAGAUUUGUGUCAGAAUAAAUUUGUAUUAUGGAAGCCUG